UCCUCCUUCCUCCUCCCACUACUCUGUCCGUCUGUCUCUCUCUGCUCACUUUCUCUUAAGAAGCCAAGGAGCUCAGCUCACUCCUCUUUCUCUCUCGGCGCCACAUUCAGAAUUCUAGUACUAAUUGUCAAUUCUAAAGACCCAUUUUCGAGCUCCGCCCUGCAAAUAUUCAUAUGCCAUCAUUGCUACAAUCCCAUAUGCGCCAAUAGAAGAGAAUCAAAGCUGCCGGUAUGGUAUUAAUCGAGCAAAAACACAAUACAGCAGGCAGGCAGGCAGGCAGGCAGGUGUCAUGAGUAGUUUUGUAUUCAAAUCUCUAGCAGCCGCAGAGCCACCCUUCUUCCUCUUUCACUCUCUCAUUCUCAUGUCCAUCUCUUAUCAACAUCGCUAUCUUGCAGCACAUCUGUGAAGUUUUGACCAUAUUAGGUCAGGUACAGGUACGGAUUCUUCCGUACAAGACCCUCGGUGAAUGGCGAGUCCGCGUAACAUAGGGCAAAACUACAAGACCCUUGGCGGCGGCGGCGGGGGUCAGUAUGUGUUGGACUAUCUGAAGCGAAUGCAAGCUGAGAAUCCUUGUUUCUUUUAUGCAAUUCAGGGAGUUGAUGACCUCUCCAAUGCAAAUGCAAAUAAUGUGAAUGUGAAUAAUGUGUUUUGGGCUGAUGCAGCUUCCAAGGCCAACUACAUCUAUUUUGGGGACGCUGUUAGACUUGACACUUCUUACAGGUCCAAACGCUAUAGACUACCACUUGCUACCUUCACCGGCCUCAAUCAUCACGCGCAACCUGUUCUGUUUGGCUGUGCAUUGCUCUUCAACGAGUCCCAGAGCUCCUUUAUUUGGCUUCUUCAGAAUUGGGUUCAAGCUAUGUCUGGACACCAUCCUGUCUCCAUCACCACUGAUCUUGAUCCCCUCAUCAAGAUGGCUGUUGAGCAUGUUCUUCCAAAUGUACGUCAUCGUUUUUGUAGUUGGAGCAUAUUCAAAGAAACCCAGGAGAAGCUAGCUUCUGUUUGUCAAACAAAAACAAAAACAAAAACAAACCCUGCCUUCGAGUUCGAGAUGGAGUUUAAGAAGUGCAUCAAUGAAGUUGAGACAAUCGAGGAGUUUGAGUCAUGUUGGCUCUCACUUCUAGAUAGAUGUGCUUUGACGGAUAAUGAAUGGCUUCAGUCACUUUACAAUGCUCGCCAUCACUGGGCGCAUGUCUACAUGCGAGACACCUUCUUUGGGGACCUUUCCAUGGCCGAGGCAAGUAGCCCUGUAAACUCUUUUUUUGACGGUUUUGUGAAUGCAUCCACUACCAUACAGUCAUUGAUUAAACAAUGUCAGAAAGCUAUAACAAGCUGGCAUGAAAAAGAAUUAAAGGCAGAUUUGGAUACUAUUAAUAUAACCCCCGUGCUGAAGACACCCUCUCCCAUGGAGAAACAGGCUGCUAAUCUCUACACAAGGAGAAUAUUCAUGAAAUUCCAAGGGGAGCUUGUUGAGACUCUUGCUAAUCCUGCUACUAAAAUUGAUGACUCUGGAACAGUCGCAGCAUAUCGGGUGGCCAAAUUUGGUGAAGAGCACAAAGCUCAUAUUGUUAGCAUCAAUGAACUUGAGAUGAAAGCCAACUGUAGCUGUCAGAUGUUCGAAUUUUCGGGAAUAAUUUGUAGGCAUAUAUUGUCGGUGUGUAGGGCAAAAAAUGUCCUCACUCUGCCUUCGCAAUAUAUUUUGAAACGAUGGACAAGAGAUGCCAAGAGUGGUGUUGGAGGUGUUGGGGAUGAAAUCAUUCCUGAGUUUUCAAGCGAUUCUCAGGAGUCCUUGACUUCUCGUUACAAUAAUCUUCGCCAAGAGGCUAUUAAGUUUGUAGAAGAAGGGGCAAAAUCCAUUUAUAUUUAUAAUGUGGCGAUGAAUGCUCUACAAGAGGCUAGAAAGAAGGUUGCUACUGCAAAGAAGAAAAAGUUCGAUGCCACACAGGGAAGCCUUGAAGCUAAUGGAUGCAAUCAUGAGAUUCAUGCAGGGGAAGAUAAUCAAUCAAAAACCUGUACACAUCUUUCCUCGGUUGAGAAGGAGAAGAAAAUCAGGGAACUAGCAGCUGAGUUGCAAUCCACAAAUCAGCGAUGUGAAGUUUAUCGUGCAAAUCUUCUUGCCGUUCUGAGAGACAUGGAAGAUCAAAAGCUAAAGCUAUCAGUUAAAGUACAAAAUGCUCGGCUUAGCUUGAAAGAGUAAACAUGUUGGCCUUCUUUUGCUUUCAAUAGAUAAGAGGAAAAGGCAAAUUUAUAUGAGAGGUUGCUCGUAUAGUUGUCUCUGAGAUUCUCUUUUUGGGUUGUACAUUUGAUAGUGCAGAUAGUACAACUUGGUGAUCAUUAAAACAUUAAAUAUUAGAGCUGGAUUCUCGAUAUCUUGAAUGUUUAGGUGUAUGACAUUAAAAUGGUGGCCAAUCAUCAUUUUUACGCCAAUGUAUAUAUUACAGGUGAAAGAUCUAAUUUAUUGGAAGAUUGCAGACCAAAAAGCUGAUCUUUAAUCAGCUAAGAAGGUUAUUCAUUUUA